UGAAUUUGUUUAAUAAACAAUUCAUAGAAUUAUCAUACUCUUCUGAUGGCAUGCUGUCGAAUAUUACAUUACACAUCAAAUAUCACAUUACGCGUCUGUUGUCUAAACAAGGCACUGCGUCGAUAAGAUAUUUUUUCAGAUCAAUGUCCUAUUGCCUCUUAAAGUGCUUGUGAAGCUAACUGGGUUAAUAGUUUAAAACACAAAAUACAUGGUGUAGUAAAGUGGACCAAAAACAAAUACAUAUGGAAAAGAACAAGACUGUCGUUAUUGUCAAUGGGAGUAGUGCAAGUUCGUUGUCAUCAAAUGGAUUUUCUACAUCAGAUGAUAAAAGGACAACAAAAGAGACUUUCGCGUUUGGUUGGGGAAAGUUUCGACCAAAACGGCUGAAUUUCUUGAACUCAUCCGUCUGGUUUAUUAUUAUCUUCGGCGUAUAUAGCACUUUUCAAGGUAUUGCUGCCUGGGCUAUGCCUAGCCUUGUGUUACCAAGCAUUGAACGACGAUUUUCCUUCUCUAGUAAGGAAUUGGGAAUAAUUUCAGCUGCUAAUGAUGCGAGUGCUUUGAUAGUGAUGAUAUUUAUAAGUUUUUAUGGCGAUUAUUGUAACAAGAUAAGAUGGAUGGGUUAUGGUGCUGUGGUUUCUGGUUUUGGUAUCACGAUGUUUGCAUUGCCGCAUUUCAUGAUCGGACAAUAUCGACCUGUCAGUUCAUUCUCUGGUGGUUUAUGUAACACUGGAAACCAAACAGUCGCACAUUGUUUAACUGGAAAUUAUGGAGGAAACUGGUACUACCUAAUUGUGUUUAUCAUUGCUAUGUUGAUCAUGGGAGCUGGAAAUGCUCCAUUUUUUUCUUUAUUCAUUGUUUAUCUUGAUGAAAACAUUAAAUCAAAAUCUUUCCCAUGGUAUCUUGGCAUUUAUAACGCAAUACAAUUCAUUUCACCUGGAAUUGGAUAUCUCAUCGGGGGAAAGUUUCUCAGUAUAUAUGUACACAUAUAUCAGCCCGAUGGAUUUAAGAUGACACCACGUGAUCCGAGAUGGAUUGGAGCGUGGUGGUUAGGAUUUCUUGUUUUUGGUGUACUCACUAUGCUUUUAUCCAUACUUAUGUUUGGUUUUCCACGUGAGUUGCCCGGAGCCAAAAAAAGAAGAUUGGAAAACAAACGUGAAGGCUUUCUUAAUGCAACAAAAAAUAUGAACAUACCCAGCUUAAAGAGUCUUCCAUCUGACUUAAAGGAGCUUUUAAAAAACCGUACGUUUGUUUUUAACACUCUUGGCAUAACAUGUUUUGCAUUUUACACUGGUUCAAUAAUGGUUUUCAUGUCGAAGUUUCUGCGAGUAAAAUUUGGUUUGGAUCCUGCAAAAUCUGGAUAUUAUCUUUCAUUCGUGUCAAUAUCUUCAGCUCUGGUUGGUAACUUUGUUGGUUCUUAUAUUGUCAGAAAGUUUUCUCUCAAAACGUCGUGUAAAAACGCAGCUGCAACAUGCUUGAUUUUACACAUUUUUGCGAUUGGUGGAACACUGAUAUUCUUAAUUCCGUCAUGUCAAAAUAUUCCGUUUGUUGGCGUUUCUGUGGAACAUAACAGUCAAAGCAUAGGAGGUGAAUUGUUAAAGUAUAAAUGUAACGCGGAAUGCCGUUGCUCAUUAAAGUCAUUCUCUCCAAUUUGUGGAACAGAUAAUUUAACGUAUGUUGACGCUUGUCAUGCCGGUUGUAAAACAGUACUUCCAAACAAGAUGUACGCUAACUGCUCAUGUAUAGCUGGCAAAGGAGAAGCAAAACCCGGAUACUGUAAUCGUAAAUGUGAAAAUAUUCUUUUUUUUGUGUUUCUUUCGUUGAUGGCAAGCGCUAUACGUCUCGCUUCAUUGGUCCCGACAAGAACAGUCACACUGAGAUGUGUUCCAGACAACAAACGAGCAUUUGCCACCGGUGUAAAUUAUAUGGUAUUUAAAACAUUCGGACUGCUACCUUCCUCGGUCAUACUUGGACAUAUUGUGGACAAGUCGUGUAAUUUAUGGCAGAAUUUUUGCAAUAAAAAAGGAAGAUGUUUUGAUUACGACAUCCCGCAUCUCAGUGUCAAUAUUAGUAUUUUUGGAGUUGCUUUAUCUGUAUUGACAGCAUUCUUCUAUUGGUUAUCCUGGUAUUUUUGUAAAUCGUCGAAAACUGAAAACGUCUAUUGUGAGGAUAAUCAAUGUACGCCAAGUGAAGAGGAAAAGAAAACAAAAGAUCCUAGUUUCAAACACGAAAAAGCAGAUAUAAAAGAAGCAAUGUCCAAAACAACGAAAUUUUAAACUUGCAUUUUUAGUUUGCAUAAUUUACGAAGCUUUUCAACUUAUAUAUUUUCUUGCUGCACAUUUUAAACUUAGUUUGAAUGUUCGCACUCAUUGUUGUUCGUAUAGCGACAUUAGUAACGCACUUUAUUUUCUGUUUCUCACAUAAAUUACAUUGAUAUAGAUAAAAUUAAGCAUUACUUGCAUAAAUUAUAUAUUACAUUUGAUUAACAGGCUCGAUGUCAAGCAGCUUCAUUGCAUUUUGCAUAACCUAAAAAAUGAAACUGCAAAUCAAUGAUGAAGAAAUAUAUCGAGCUUUUAAUGUUAAUAUUGUACCUGUAAUAGAACCUUAACAAGAUAAAUUCUCGCAAACAUGAUUGAAAACAAAUGUUUCUUUGGCUCCUAUAUAAUCCCAGAGCAAAAUAUAAAUUAGUCCUGUUGGAAA